AUGGUUUGGCCACGGAGAACCAGAUCUACGGUUUCCUUCCCAGAACCAGAGCGUCGGCGGCGAUCCAGAAACGUCUUGACGCGGACAAGGGGAAGCGUUUGGAGAUGUCGAGGACCAAUGAGGAAGCGAAGGCCAAGUGGAAGAAUACGUUUGUGGAAGCGGCGAAGGCGCAGUUGGAGAAGGAGGGGGAUGAAGAGAUGGAUUCGCAAUCGGACGAUGAAGCCCUGCAGGCUGAGAAGUUUCGCAAUCACUGGAUCGAGCUAUGGUCCGCCGUCUUCGGUUCAUUCGAGGAGACCACGCACAUUCCUUCCAUGCUUCUCACCGAUAAUCCUGCGCCGCAGCAUGAGCUCGACCUUUGCGAUAGUCUACAGGUCUUUUCAGCUAAGAUUACAGGAAUAAGGGGGGGCUUACAGUUUCCGCUCGAUGUAUUCGGUGUGAUUGCUAUACGCGACUCCAUUGAACCAAGGCGCAACAUCAUCUUCAGCCGCACAAGGGAUAACUGCCAAGCCCUCACUGAAGAGGAUCCAUAUUUACUACUGACAGGUCCAACCCGUGCCGUCUUGGUCAUGGAUCCUGUGACCAUUGAAGUUAUGCUAAAAGUGAAGGGCGCUGUUGAAUCUGAGGAUAAAAUCUUAAACUUUCAAGCUGCAGAGUUGAUAUGCUUUGGCACGAUGGAUUCACUCCUGUUUUCUAGAGCUUACACCAGCAAGCUUAGCACGCUGGAGUUUACACUUGGGCAAAUUGUUUGGUCUGUGGAGGCCACAAUAUUUGUUCAAGUUGUGAAUGGGUCAUGGGCAGAUGGUUUUCUCGGUCAAUUUGCUGCCUUUACCAUCGGUCGUGAUCGUCGUACCUGGAGACAACAUGGUGGUGCAAGUUUCGGUGACGAGAAAGUCGUCCUACUUGAUUCUGGAGAUAAGAACGUGCCUGUUUCAGGUGAUGGGCAGAUUGAGCUUUCUCGUCGUGUUGUUUCUGUUGACGUUUAUGGAAAGCUGAAGCUUUCUGUCAAAGCAUGGCAAGAUGGUAACAGCGUUAUGGAUGAGGUGUGUUUCGAGCCAAGGAAAGCUGGUAGAAGCUAUGGUAUGCUUCAAGUUGGCAUCUGUAAAAUUGAAGUCACUGUCGCCUGGUCGCUCAUUUCGUUUCUGGAUCAUUACGAGCAAUGGUGGGCUAAGUAGGAGUCGGUAUUGUAGCCGUUGCUUCUGAAGGCUAACAUAAACUAAGUAAUGAUGAUACCGGGAUAUGCGUCCCCAGUUUUAACUGUUCUAUGCCACUACUAGCUGCUUAUGUUUCUGCAGACUUGUGAUGUCUGAGUACAUCUUUCUCAUUGGUGGGGUUAUGUUAUUAAUAUAAUAUUUACUGGGCUGCUUUCUCCCUUAGUUUAUGUUAGCCUCUAAAGAAACUAGGCUUCUCUGGAGCUGGGCCUCAAAGCCUAAGGUGUUUGACCAGGUUUUUUCUGCUAUGGCAAAUGAUAUGAAUUAACCCUUAUUAUUA